AUGGCAGACGCAAUGAUGGAUCCAGCGACGACUCCAGGAAUGCCGCCGCCGGCCGGCCAGGUAUCGGAUUUCAACGCGCCUUACAAUUCCCUACAGAAUGGGACGGUCAUUGCAUUUGGCAUCACCUACUUCAUUGCGACUGCUUUCCUGGGUCUUCGAUAUUUCCAGGCCUUCAAACUGACAAAGAAGCUUGAGGUAGAUCUAGUCAUUAUCACAAUCUCCUAUGGAAUGGCUCUGCUCUACUUCGUCACUAUGGUCAAUUUGAUGAACAAUGGCUGGGGAAAACACCAGUGGGAUGUCAGUCUGGCUACUCUGGCAGAGUUCAACAAGGGACUACUUAUUAACACCGUGACAUAUUUGAUUACUCCCGCCAUUACCAAGAUGGCGAUCCUUUCUGUCCUAUAUCGUAUCAAUCCCUCGACAGGGUACCGCAUCAUCGUCGUGACUGUCGCAAUCGCCACCUUUGCAUACACUCUAGCCCUAUGCAUCAUCACCGGAGCACCCUGCAACCCUCUCCAUGCCGGAACCACCAAGUGUCUCGAGAACGUGGCACUAUCCCAAGCAGUCCUAAACAUCGCCUCCGAUCUCGCCGUGAUCAUCCUCCCGAUCCCCACGAUCUACGGUCUCCACUUCUCCACGAAACAAAAACUCACGGUCGGCGGUCUUCUGGCCUUAGGAUCUGGCGUCAUCGUCUGCUCAAUCGCCCGCCUCCCAUACGUACUACUCCUCGGCCAAACCAAAGACUUGACCUACACAGAAGCCAUCUUAGGCGUAUGGUCCAUCGUCGAAGUCAACCUCGGCAUUAUCUGUGCCUGCGCAAUGCGCUUCAAGCGUCUGAUCGCAGUCUAUCUGCCGCGACUCUCGCUAUUCUCAUCACACAACCGGACACACCCGAAGGGGAAGAUGACCGGGGAUGUGUCUGUGGACCAGUUCCAGCCUACAAGUAGCCGGGGAAGGCAGUCGUAUCAGCUGUACAGUGUGCAGGAUGGGAGCACUGAACACGUUGCCGGAGUCAAAGAUAUUUCCGUCCUCACAACGUUUAAUGUUGAUGAGGAACGCACUGAUGCGUAUGGGGAUAAUGACAGUGGUCAUAAGAUUUUGGCUUGA